AUGUGUGAGCGCGCGCCCUGUGUCGCCCUCGCCCCCGUGGCUAGUCACCUGCGCGGAGCAGCCGAUGCUCAGCGCGCGUGGCCCGGCGCGACGGUGGCGCGCCCGGCGGCGGCGAUCAAAGCUCGCGCCUCAUUGUGUGUGAGCGGAGCGCGUGUGCGCCGCGGCCGGAGGCCCGGAACCAGUUUCGGGGAACGCCGCCGCCGCCGCGGCCACCCACCUUCCAGAGGCGGCCGCGGCGCGGGCGGAGGGGAUCCCCGAGCGCGCCGGGAGUGGUCACCUGGAGGCGGAGGCGGCACAGCUGGUGCCGCAGGUCAGCACCAGCAGCAGCUAUCUGUGGUCACGACGGUGUGGGGCGUGACGACGUCGACGCAGUCGGGCCCUGCGCAGCAGCAGGGCGGCGUGGGGGUCGGCGUGAUGGGCGGCUACGGCCAGGGGAAGCCGCCGCCCGCCUUCGCUGCCUCCGGCUACCCACGCCAGCAACCACCAGCACAGCAGCGACCAGCGGCCGCCCCCGCGUCCCACCCGCACCACGUGCUGUGGGUCCCCAGCCCCAGCCCGCCGCAUCUGGCGGCAACCGUGCUAUCGGACGGGGCGUCCCGGCCACCCCCGCUGCCACUGUUGCGUGGCCGAAAACGACCUGCUCUGCGCCUGGGCCGCCAGCUGCCGUAG